AUGGACGCAGCGUGCUGUAAAGUAAAAUUUCAAACAUUAAUACUGAAACAGAAACAGUGGUUUACGUUUGACAAACUCAUCCACAAAGACAACUUGGCAGGCCCAUACUCAGGGGCGGAGAAAACCACGAGGUAUGCCUCUGGAGCUCAGAAGAGAAUACUCAAGAGGGACCGAGAUAACGAAGCAGCAGCAGCAGCAGCGCUUCUCAAGCAACCGAAACUCAUGAGCUUCGGCUUCGUUCAGAGCAGCGAGCAGUUCAGGAACGACAUCGGAUCUCCGAACAUAGCAGUUAUCAAGGAGUGUGCGGCACUGGACGAUAACGGAGGAAAGGAUGAAGAAGUACUAGAAUCGCGGGAGGAUGAGUUAGUAACGGCGACGGGAAAGAUGGAGAAUGGGAACUAUAUGGGACCAAUAACCUUGGAUGUUGCGACGUGGCCUCCCCGCGUCUUGAGUGCUACUAGAGAUCACAUUAUUCGAUUUGUUGGAACGCCAAACUUCACCGAGGAUAUUCCACUUGGAUGGGACCCGGCUGAUGGGCGCAAGUUCUGUCCUUCCAUGUCAUUCAAUGAAGCUGACAAUGAACGCAUAUGUUUGAUGCCCGAUACUCAAAAGCAAGCAGUUCUCUGUCUGCCUUGUAAGCUGCUCGCGAGCGGAACGUUCGCUUUAAGAAAAGGCGGGCUCAAGAAGUGGAAACAUGCCAUGAUAAACCUCGAUCGCACGAGUCAGGCGAAGCUCAUAAGAGAGCCAUGUGCGAUUGGCGAACUCUCCAUCACCACAUCGUUACAAAAUCUGGGACUGACGGUGAGCUUCAGUUGGCCACCGAAAAUGAGGCGAACAACCAUUUGGAUGCGGUACGUGAGGCUCAGACUGCUGGUCGGAAGCUAUCUGUCGCCAAAGACACAGAACGAGCUCAUCCACGUUCUCGCAUCAUGCUUGAUUGAGAAAAUCAAAGCUGAACGAGCAUCGGCGAAGUUCUUUAGGAUCAUGUGUGAUAGCACCCCGGACAUGGCACGUCUCGAACGGCAUACGUUCCUGAUGAGUUUGACGGCGAAAACAGGAGCUGCAAUAGCCGAGCUCAUAAUGGAGAUGAUGACUUCCCAUGACCUACCCAAAAGUUUUCUUGUUGGACAGUGCUACGACAACGCGGCUUCGAUGUCGGGGGCAUACAAGGGCACGAGAGCAGGCGGCCGACUUGUGGCAUGUACGGCUCUAGCGUGUCAUAAUGCGUUGUUGUGGCCGCCGAGACCGGUGAGUUCGGAUGAUCAACCGCCAGGGGUUAAUUCGGGUCAACCUAAGGUUCUGGAUAGAGGCCUGCCGCAGCCGCCAGAUUUUGAUAUUGUGUUGGUCGAUGAAGCUGGUCAGGCUGCGGAUUCGACUCUGUGGUGUGCGUUGAAGCUUGCUACUAGAGGGGCGAUCCUAGUGGGGGAUCAAUACCAACUGCCACCUGUUGUGAAAGACAGGGUUCGGGUUUUCGGGCUCGGGUUUUCGGGUUUUAUGACCGACCUGAACAUUGUCGCUGUAUAG